AUGCACGCCUCCACUCCACCAGCACCAGCUCACAGCACAACCACCAUAACCUCCACAACCACUAUCUACCACUCCACCACCACCACUGAUAGGGAAUUGAGAUGUUUUCGCGCUAUUGAGAGGUUUUUAUUGCCUGUUACUCCAAGCAUGUGUAGAGAGAAGAAGGUGUCCUUUAAACAGGACCCUCUUUAUUAUCGCGACCCGACACAUCGUUUAGUUCGAAAAGAACUGGAGUCGAGUCAGCCUGUGUCUUCUAGUUCUUCAUCUUCUAGUUUAGAGUCAGACUCAGCUGAGCAUCAGUCAGAGUCCAUUCCCAUUAGUGGUUUUUAUAUAGAUUUGCCUUUUGAGUCAGUUAGUGUCAGUAAUCCACUUUUCCAGUCGGUUUUAGAAUCAGAGUCAGAAUCCGUUGAGAUGGGAGAUAGGCAGGUAGCUAUUCAGCCGUCCUUGAGGCAGCACAUGCAUCCUGAGAGAACCACUCCUCUCGGACCUAUUGUGUUCCCUCAAGAAACACAAGAGGCACGAAAUGCCUUUACAGUAAAGCCUGGUGUCCUUAAUAGUCUCCCUAGUUUCCACGGGAGAGAGUGUGAUGAUCCGUACGAACAUGUGCGGACAUUUGAGGGAUUGGUGCGCAACCUUGCGUCUAAUACCCAAUAUGAGAAUGCGUGUCUCAAGCUUUUUGAGGCGACAUUGAAAGAUGGCGCGCUUCUGUGGUUUCGAAUGCAAAAGUCUCAGUCUUUCACCACUUGGGCACAAGUGCGUGAUGCAUUUUAUAGGAAGUACUUCUCUGAGGCUAAGACUAAGACUUAUAGGCGUCAAAUCCAAGGUUUUAGGCAGGAGAGGGAUGAGUCAUUUCUCAAGGCAUGGGAGCGCUUCAAGGAAUUGCUCCUAAGGCUGCCACACCAUGGCUUUGAGAGAAUUCAGUUAAUUGGGUUCUUUCAUCUUGGUCUCAAUGCUGAGUCAGUCCAGCACAUAGAAUAUUCUUGUAAAGGGGACGAUUUCUUGUCCAAAACAGCAGACCAGGCAUGGGAUUUCUUAGAUGACUUAGCUGAUAGGCAGAGGGCUUUAGAGCCAUCCGAUUUUGAGCGAUCCGGACCUUCUGGGUCCAGUGUUAUCCCGGUCACCAUUCGUGACCAGCGGCUUCAAGCUCAAGUGGAGAAAAUGGCUCAGAGGUUAGAGGAACUAGAGGUGAGGCAGGCUCGACCAGUUCAUGAGGUAUCAAUUGAGGAAGUGUGCGUGUGGUGUGAAUGUAAAGGGCACACCGCGACCGUUUGCCCUGGGUUUAUUGCCGCCAAGGGGGCAAGUCAUUUUACCCAGGAGGAAGUCAAUGCAGUUAGGACUUGGGAUCCUUAUUCUACCACGUAUAAUGCGGGAUGGAAGGAUCACCCCAAUUUUGGGUGGUCUGACUCCAGACCCGUGGGUGGAGGUCAAGCUCAAUCCUUUGGGCCACCUCCGCCGCAGCAGUUUCAACAGGCCCAAUCGUCCAGGCCCCCUCAGGGCCAAGUUAUCCCAUUUCACUUCCAGCCACAGGCUGGUAGAGGGGCAGGACCAUCCACUCGUGGUCCUCCCCCAGGGUAUUCACAGAUGACCGCGCGUGACCAUAAGUUAGAUGAUACUGUCAAUUCCCUGAUGCAGUCACAGAUGACAUUUCAGACGGAAACGAGACAGCAAAUUGGGGCUCUUACAACCCAAAUGUCACAGCUCACUGCGGUGAUCGGUCAUCUGCAACAGGAGAAAGGUAAGUUUCCGGCCCAGGGUAGUACAGCAGGGGCCCAUUAUUUAGAAAAUUCUUCAGGUUCCAAUAUUCAUAACCCAAAUCAGGAGGAGGCUAAGUCGGUCACCAUUCUUAGGAGUGGGAAGGAGAUCGAUAAGUCCAUCCAGCCAAAGCAGAAACCAGCUCCACCCCCGGAGCCGGUUGAUGCACCAAAAGCAACUCCUGAUUUUGUUGAUGUCCCUAGGAAAGAGGAGAAGGAUGAUGAGGAGUCACCAGUGGUGGUGGUACCUGCAGCUGCAAACCCCACGACUCCAACACCGCAGGUUGUGCCAGUAGCUCCAUUUCCCCAGAGGUUAGCGGUGAAACCUAAACAGAAUAUGAACCAUCAAAUGAUUGAACUUUUUAAGAGGGUGCAAUUCCCUAUCACCCUGAUGGAGGCUAUUGAGUCUUUUCCCCAGUGCGCGAAGGUAUUGAAAGACCUUUGCACGAAAAAGCACAAGGGUCAGAAUAAUGUGGUUCUGACCGAGCAGGUGAGCUCCAUCCUUCAGACUGAAAUUCCUGCCAAGUGCAAGGAUCCUGGGUGUCCCACCAUUACCAUAGAUAUAGCAGGCCAGACGUUCGAUAAGGCAUUGUUGGAUUUGGGAGCAAGUGUUAACUUGCUCCCCUAUUCAGUUUACUUGAGGCUAGGUCUAGGGGAUUUGAGAGCCACUCCUGUCACAUUGCAGUUGGCAGACAAGAGUGUGAGAGUACCCAAAGGUGUGGUGGAGGAUGUAAUGAUUCAGGUAGGUGAGUUCAAAUUUCCCGCAGACUUUAUUGUUCUAGACACUUGCCGAAACCCUGAGGUUCUAGAGAAGACUCCCAUUAUUCUAGGUCGUCCUUUUCUAGCCACCUCCAAUGCCGUCAUGAAUUGCAAAACUGGCAGAGUCCAGUUGUCUGUUGGCGAGGAGAUGAUGGAGGUGGAUGUCUAUAAUGUUAACACUCUUGAGGAGGAUGAUGAGGAGGUAGAAGAGGUGAGUUUGAUUGAUGCGCUCGUGCAGGAGCAUAUAGAUACAGUUUUGUAUAAGGAUCCUCUGGAGAUUGCUCUUACCGCCGAGGAGGCGUCAUUUUUAGAUUCUCCAGAGGUGGGAAGUUUGUUAGAGUUAUUAAAUGUUGAGGAUUCAGUAGAGGAAGUAUGUGGGGUCUCUUAUGACCCAUUGUUUGAGCCUCUUGGCGACCCUCCGCCCAAGGUUCUUCCGUCUUCAGUUCAGCCGCCGAAACCAGAGUUAAAACCUCUGCCGGACACACUCAAGUAUGCCUUUUUAGAGGGCAGUGAUACUUAUCCGGUAGUGAUCUCCUCAUCCCUUGAGGAGAAUCAAGAGAGGAAGUUGCUUGAUUUGCUGAGAGAGCACAUAGGCGCACUUGGCUGGACUGUAGCAGAUUUGCAUGGUAUAAGCCCAACGGUGUGUACACACCGAAUCGAUCUUGAGGAUAGUGUGAAACCCUCUAGGCAGCCUCAGCGGCGCUUGAAUCCCCACAUGAAAGAGGUGGUUCGAGCUGAGGUUUUAAAGCUCUUAGAUGCGGGUAUCAUUUACCCAAUCGCCCAUAGUGAGUGGGUGAGUCCAGUUCAGGUAGUGCCUAAGAAGGCUGGGGUGACAGUUAUUACUAAUGAGCGAGGUGAGUCCGUACCAACCCGAGUUCCAACGGGAUGGAGAGUAUGCAUAGACUACCGGAAGCUCAAUGCGAGCACCCGGAAAGAUCACUUCCCUCUCCCUUUCAUUGACCAAAUCCUGGAGAGGGUAGCUGGUCGGGCUUUUUAUUGUUUCCUGGAUGGGUAUUCGGGAUACAAUCAGAUAGAGGUUGCGUUAGAAGACCAGGAAAAGACCACUUUUACGUGUCCGUAUGGUACUUAUGCUUACCGUCGCAUGCCCUUUGGGUUGUGCAAUGCACCUGGUACUUUUUCCAGGUGUAUGAUGGGGAUUUUUAGUGACAUGGUGGAGAGAAUAGUGGAGGUCUUUAUGGAUGAUUUUUCGGUCUUCGGGGACUCAUUUGAUGGGUGCCUCGAGAAUUUAGGAAAAGUAUUGCAGAGAUGUGAGGAGAAGCACUUGGUGCUGAAUUGGGAAAAAUGCCACUUUAUGGUAACCCAAGGGAUUGUGUUGGGACACAUUGUGUCCUCCAAGGGUAUCGAGGUGGAUAAGGCUAAGAUAGACUUAAUUCGUAAACUUCCUACUCCCAAGUCUGUCAGAGAUGUGCGUUCAUUUCUUGGACACGCUGGUUUUUACCGGCGAUUCAUUAAAGAUUUUAGUGCUAUCUCCCGUCCGUUGUGUCAGUUGUUAGCAAAGGACGCACCCUUUGUGUGGUCCGAUAAGUGUGAGGAGGCAUUCCAAGAGUUGAAGCGGAGUCUCACUACUCCGCCUAUUGUGCAGUCUCCUGAUUGGAGUCUUCCCUUCGAGUUAAUGUGUGAUGCAUCUGACUAUGCAGUUGGAGCUGUUUUAGGACAGAGGAGGGGGAAAGACCCAUUUGUGGUUUACUAUGCGAGCAAGACACUCAAUGAGGCACAGAUGAAUUACACCACUACCGAGAAAGAGUUGUUAGCAGUGGUGUUUGCCUUAGAUAAGUUUCGAUCCUAUCUGGUGGGGUCGCAGAUUACGGUGUUCACCGAUCAUGCGGCCCUAAAGUACUUAAUGACCAAACAGGAUGCGAAAGCUCGCCUUAUUCGAUGGAUUUUGUUGCUGCAAGAAUUCCAUCUCAUAGUUAAGGAUAAGAAAGGGGUAGAGAAUGUAGUAGCUGAUCAUCUGUCUCGCCUGGAGUUCGAGGAUCCCACCUCGGAUCUUCCCAUUAGAGACUCUUUUCCAGAUGAGCAAUUGUUUGCUGCUAACGAGUGCCCGUGGUAUGCUGAUAUUGCCAAUUACUUAGUAACCGGGCAGAUUCCUUCCCAUUGGUCUACCCAGGAAAAGCAGAGGUUUUUAAGGAGUGUCCGACAGUACAUUUUUGAUGACCCAUAUUUGUUCAAGUACUGCGCGGAUCAAAUUGUGCGUAGAUGUGUCCCCGAGGCUGAUCAGCAGGGGAUUAUAGAGUUUUGUCAUGGGGAGGCGUGUGGGGGUCACUUCUCUUCGAAGAAGACCACCGCCAAGAUUUUGCAGUGCGGGUUCUGGUGGCCCGAUAUGUUUAAAUAUGUGCAAGCGUUCUGUAGGUCAUGUGACCGUUGCCAACGGCUUGGCAAGCUGUCUUCACGUCAGGAGAUGCCCCUCCGGCCCAUUCUUGUGUUAGAGGUAUUUGAUUGCUGGGGCAUCGAUUUUAUGGGUCCAUUUCCUAUGUCUCAUGGUUUCGAGUACAUUCUGUUAGCAGUGGAUUAUGUGUCAAAGUGGGUGGAAGCGAUUCCCACUAAAUCUUUGGAGUCUAAAGUCGUCCUAGAGUUUCUUAAGGCUAAUAUCUUGUCAAGGUUUGGCGUGCCACGCGCCAUUAUCUCAGAUCAGGGCACGCAUUUCACGAGUCGGUCAUUUGGGAAAUUGAUGGGGGAGUUUCAAAUCACUCAUAAGGUAUCCACUGCAUACCACCCCCAGACUAAUGGGCAGGCCGAAUUAGCUAACAGAGAGAUUAAGAGGAUUUUAGAGAAGACUGUAGGUGUGACGAGGAAAGAUUGGUCCACCAGGUUAAACAAUGCGUUGUGGGCCUACCGCACUGCUUAUAAGACCGUGUUGGGUGCUUCACCCUACCGGCUUGUUUACGGUAAGGCCUGCCAUCUGCCAGUUGAGUUAGAGAAGAAGGCCUAUUGGGCCAUACAGAAAGUCAAUUCAAGUUUACGUGAGGCAGGUGAGCAUAGGAAAUUACAGUUGUGUGAGCUCGAGGAGCUUCGGAAUGACGCGUAUGAGAACGCUAGCAUCUAUAAGGCUAAGGUUAAGGCGUAUCAUGAUAGGAAUAUCCAGCGCAAAACCUUUAAGAUUGGUCAGAAAGUGUUGCUCUAUAAUUCGCGUCUCCAUUUGUUUCCAGGGAAGUUGAGGUCACGUUGGGACGGUCCCUAUGUAGUGGUUCAGGUAUAUCCAAAUGGUUCAGUCGAUGUCCAAGAUUCUAAGGAUGAUCAUGUGUUUAAAGUUAAUGGGCAGCGCCUGAAACCCUAUUUGGAAUUUCUAGAAGUAGGUGAACCGGAUGAGGAAUUGGUCAAUCCUGUCUAUCAGGAUGACCCGGUUGCAUAAUUUGAUAGUCAUGAUUUGCACGGGGAGCGAAAGCGUACCGCUGGACUUAAUUGUUUGUCGGGCCCGGCCCUUAGCGAUAGGGGUACCCAUCAUUGACUUGGGUUUAUAGCUCCGCACGCCGCUAUUAAAAUAAGGAUCGUGUGCCCAGCUCCGGUUAGUAAGGGCAAUUUUGUGUCAGUAGCAUUGGAUUUUUCCUAGGAUCUUUUGCUUUUGGCACAAUCUAUGUAUUUUCAUCUUUUAUUUAUUUGUUCUUUAUUACUAGGAUAAUUUUUAAUAUCCGUGACAUAAGGUUUUAGUUAGCUUUUCUGAUAGGAGUAAUUCACCGUGCACCACUCACGUCUUCCAGAUUAGCCCCAUCGGGGGCGGUAUAGAUCAUAGGUUAGGCUUUGGUAUUCCCGUGCUCCAUAACCGCACUUGGCCCUAUCUUGUGCCUGCCUAGUUACGAUCUUAGGGGACGCUGGACUUAAUUGUUUGGCGGAGUCCAGCGAUGACUUGGACGCUCCGAGUUCUGAUAUUAACUCAUGAAUCUUGUGAAUAAUGCACAUACUGUAUAUUUUGUACAUAGUUCUCUUUUUGGUUGUUGUUUCUUUGUGUUUCGGGCUUUUCAUUCAAAAGAUUUCAUCAACGCAUUAUUGUAUCGGACUUUUAGUAGUCCGUCUUUGUGGUAGUUUACCGUUAAUGAUCCGUGCUCUCCGAAAUUGUCCCUAUCGGUGGCAGCUUAGGUCUGUGGGUGAGAUUUACUUUUGUUCUUGUCUCACUUUGUUUCGACCGAGGGAACGCUGGGCUUAAUUGCUUGGCGAGGUCAAGCGGUAAAUUUUACUUCGAGCGUAAUGUAACACAUUUGACGGUCUAGUAUAGCCACCCGAGUUUUGUCUCUUCGGUGAGACUCGGGAAGAAAAGUAUGACUCGUGAGACUGCGUGAAUGUCUGGUGGUGUUCUUUUAUUUUCAUUAUUGUUUCUUGUUGUGGCCCGGCUUCUACUAGCGGGCGGUACUAAUGUCAUAUGUUGCCUAGUAGGUAGUUGGUUCUUAAGACUUUUGCAGGAUGAGCAUGCUACCACAUCAGCCUUGGUAGUUUGGGCCUCUCCGCCGGUGUGAGUGAGGCAUUCAGGAGCCUCGAGCAGGGGUGCCACUAUGUGUGGCGGUUGUCAGUCCGAUAAAGCAUUGGCGCGGCUCUAUGUGACUAGCUGUGGACCUCGUGAGGUCCGAAGGAGCGAAUUCUGGAAGCAGUUCCGAUGACGAAACGCAACAGUGACAGUAAAUUCCUCGAACAUCGGCCGAGGUCACGGUGGUUGGCUGCCACCCCAGGUUCACUCUUUCCUUCUUUUUGCUCUUUCUUGUUCAGUGUCUCCAUGCUUUGGGGACCAAGCGCAUUUCCAGUUGGGGGAAGGGGUGUACUUUGUACACUUGCUUUUAUUUUUAUUUUUUAUUUUUGAGCGUUGUUAGUUGGUUUAGGUUUUUAUUUUUU